GGAUUUGGAGUCAGGACCCAAGCCCAAAUUCCAGCUCACUAGCUGGAUAAGUCAUUCCCUGGGGUUUGUUUUCUCAUCUAUAAAAUGAAAGGGAGACCCAUUCCAGUCCUAAAGCUAUGCUCCCUGGACCCACUGUCCCCACAGGAGGCAUGAUUCUCUGGCGGGCAUACCAGCAAGCACUGGCUGCUCACCCAUGGAAGGUACAGAUUAUCACAACUGGGUCCCUGGUGGGGCUAAGUGACGUCAUCUCUCAGCAGCUGAUAGAGAAACGAGGUUUAGAGAAGCACCAAGUCCACAGGACCCUGACCAUGGCUUUGAUAGGCUGUGGCUAUGUGGGCCCCGUGGUAGGUGGAUGGUACAGGGUUUUGGACCGACUGAUCCCUGGCAACACCAAGAUGGAUGCACUGAAGAAGGUGGUAGCUGAUCAGGGGUGCUUUGCCCCAUGUUUUUUUGGGUGCUUGCUCCCACUGAUUGGCGCGCUUAAUGGACUGUCAGCCAAGGACAACUGGGCCAAAGUCCGACAGGAUUACCCUGAUGUCCUCAUCAGCAACUACUAUAUCUGGCCUACUGUGCAGUUGGUCAAUUUCUACCUUAUUCCCCUUCUCUACAGGUUGGCUUUUGUCCAGUGUAUUUCUGUUUUCUGGAACACCUACGUAUCCUGGAAGUCACAUCAGUCCUGAGUCGUUAUGCCCCACCACCUUGGAGCUAUAUCUCUUGACCCUUGGAUGGGUUCAUAUGUCUUCAGAGCAGUUUUUAGGAUGCCAAGCCACUGGACAGAAAGGACUGCUGGGAUGGAACACUAAAAUGAAUCAGUCCCCCCGUGAAAUGUAAAUAGUACAACCUUGCAGGUAGUUUUAGAAAAUUAAAACUGCUGUAUCUUGCUUCCUUUGCUACCAUUAUGUGCAGUCUUUGCCUAAUUUCCUGCUCAUUUCUUCCUAACCCAAGUUUGGCUAGACCCUUAAUUCACCCUAGACCUUCACAGACACCUCUACC